UGCGUAAGCUCCCAUUGGAAGCCUUGACUCGAAACUCGAAACAGAUUCCGCCCGGUAUGACCUUUCACCUCCCAAAGGGUCAGUAGUAAACCGUGACAAAGCUAGGCUAGUGGCAGGCGGUAGUGUGGAUACGCUAAGGCAGAACGUAUGGUCGGAAAUCACAUUCAGGAAUAGAGGUCAUAAAUGGAGGCCAAGGAAUGCACGCAUGAGUUCUAAAUUCGAGAGGCCUUUCUAGUUUGUGUCUGAUAACAAGUGCCAUCUGGAGGUUCAUGGUCCGUUUAGCAUUUGAAAGAUUCUAUAUAAGUAACGGAGCAACAUUUUGAUUCACUUGCCGGUGUUGCUACUUGGACAGUCUUCGGUUUUCUACCCGCCACAGGCGUCUAGCCCCGCGUGCACAGAGCUGGAAGUAUCUGUGAUGGACUGGCUGGGUAAGAUGUUGCAACUGCCCAAGGAGUUCCUGUUCUCUGAAGAAGGGAAGGGAGGCGGUAUUAUACAGGGUACUGCAAGCGAGGCAACUCUUGUGGCCCUUCUCUCGGCAAGGACGACAAUCAUCAACAAACAAAGGGCAGAAAACCCAAACAUGACUCAAGGGCAGAUAAUUGACAAACUUGUCGCUUACACAUCAGAACAGUCUCACAGCUCCGUGGAGAGAGCCGCCCUCAUUGGCAUGGUCACGAUUCGGACACUGCCCACAGAUGACAAAGGCUCACUGGUCGGGGAUACUCUACAAGCCGCCAUUAGCACUGAUAUAGAGAAAGGACUCAUACCGUUCUUUCAUUGGCAAAUUCCUCUGGGUCGGAGAUUCAGAUCUCUAAAAGUCUGGUUCGUUUUGCGCAUGUUUGGCAUUUCCGGUCUGCAGCAGCAAAUACGAAAGGAUGUACUUCUGGCAAAACAGUUCGGCCAGCUGGUAGCAGACGACUCCAGGUUUGAGAUAGUUGGUGAAGUCACGCUGGGACUCGUCUGCUUCCGCCUCAAGGGCCCUAACUCUGCGAACGAGACCUUGAACAAAAAAAUAAACGACGACAGACGAAUUCACCUGGUGCCGUCCAAAGUGAAGGAUACCUACUUCCUACGGUUUGCUGUCUGUGCGAGAGGGACACAGAUGUCUGACGUCACUUUUGCUUGGUCGGUCAUCCGGGAAAUAACGGACAAGAUGGCGUUAAUACCCACUGGACAAUGAUAUCUUCACUAUUUGUACAAUUUUUCAUAAACACUACUUGAUGUCGGCCGCUUAAAAUCGUUGUUCUAUUUUGAAGUGUGAUAAUACUCAAAUCAUCGCUUAAUUGCUCAGAAAACCUUGCUUGGCAUAAAACUACAGGGGAAAGAGAAACAGGACACAAGAAAUAAAGACCAAGACGGAGUCGAAUACUAGAACUCAACAUCGAAAACGUUAGAAUUUGAGGUAGCUUAGAGAGAAGUUGAUUGACAUUCUAUAAUAGCCAUUUGGUACUGAGCAAAAGCAAGACAGACGCACAGAAAGACAAGAGUGACAGUAAACACAGGACCUGCUAGUGGUGGUAACCGAUAGCCAACUGACAGAAGGCACCUUUUCGAAAAAAAAGGGGGGGGGGACUCAAAUCAAAACCCCAGAAAACACACA